AGUUUAUACAUAUUUGUUCAAACUCGACAAUCCAAGCCGGGUGCCAAGACCAAGUGUUUGAAUUGUUAUUAUUACACUAGCCGAAUCAUGAAGCUAGUAAGAUUUUUGAUGAAACUCAGUCAUGAGACUGUGACAAUAGAAUUGAAAAAUGGCACUCAAGUCACUGGCACAAUCACAGGUGUAGACGUGGCAAUGAAUACACACUUGAAAACAGUGAAAAUGACAAUAAAGAAUCGUGAUCCGAUACAAUUAGAAACUCUAAGUCUGCGAGGAAACAAUAUUAGAUAUUACAUUCUACCGGAUUCUCUUCCUUUGGAAACGUUGCUAAUAGAUGACACACCAAAAGCUAAGGCUAAAAAGAAAGAAGCUGCAAGAGGUGCUGCACGUGGCAGAGGACGUGGCGCUAGAGGUGGAAGAGGUGGCAGAGGAGGUCGAGGUAGAGGAAGAGGCAGGCGAUAAUAACAUUAAGUACAUUCUGCACUCUUCUUGUACGCUCUCCUUUCACAUUUAUCAAUUUUUCUAUCUUAAGAGAAAACCAAAUUUUUCUACUCUAAGGUAUCACGAUUAUUAUUUAACUAAUUUUAUAAAAUCAUGGAAAAUUGUUUCAUUGAUGUAGCUGAAUUGAUGCUAAAUUUCAGAAUGUAAUAUCAAUGUUUAUUUACUCAGAGUGUUUAAGUGUAUAACAUUAACAGGCAUUCCGAUAUUUAAAUUAUUUGAUGUUAGAAAGUGUAUAUGCAGAGCAAUAUAAAAAAUUUUAUAAAAUUGGUUUUCCUUUCAAACAAUAAUAUCGAAUUUAAAUGUCGUGAUUUAUUUAAUAUUAUUUCAAUUUAUGCAUAGUGUUCAAUUUAUGUCAAUUUUUGUGAAUCUGACAACAUAUUAAUUAUGUAAGUUUGUCAUUAAAAAAUGCAAAGUCAAUGAUUGAACAAAUAUAGUCAUGAUUGUGCCGUGAUACAAAAUCGCAGUACAAAUUACACUUAUUUUUUCAUAUUGAGAUUGUGACGAUAUCAUUAACAAACUGAUUAAAUUAGUUCAAUAAGAAUUUUUCUGUAUGAAUUAAGUAUUACGAGGACUUUCUAAAUAAAAAAAUAUACUGAUAAAAGCAAUCAA